AUGACAUCAAAAACCGUCCAUCUGACCACCAGCGCACUCAAUUCCUGGAUCGAGGAAGUUGAGGCGGGCGAAUUAGUGCAUCAAUUGUUCCUUGUGGGCAUCCACGAUGAGGAUGGAGAAAGACGCCUACGCGAACCCCCUGCGACGCGUGAGGAACUAGUCUAUCUACUGGCACAGGCCUUCAAUGGACUCGUUAAAGGCGGUGUAAACCCCCUGAGUUACCUCGGCUUGAGGAUAGACAGCCUUGGCCCGCUCACCUCUGGUCAUCAAAUCCAAAUCAAGACUGAGUUAGAGGCACGGUCUACUUCGAAGAGUGCAUGGCAAUGCUCGAUCGAUACUUUCUUUGUUGCUAUGCAGGCGUUGGCUGCGAGCAAGUUGCAGGUCGAAAAGCUCAACUUGUUUAACGAUGAUGACAUGAAACUCUUCGCGUUACCCAGCGAUCAGCUCAAUAUUAUUGACUGGGACAAUCCCGAUAUUUGUCAUGCAUUGGCAGCUCUCAAGUCUCUGCGUGUCAAUAUCUCAACUCCAGCAUAUGCGUUCCACCAGAUUGAUGGUGAAGGGGGUUCUCCAGACUGGUUGGGCAGAGUCACUGAACUGACAGCGAGCCAAAUUCGUACCGAAAUAGAGCAUGAAAGCAAUUUCGAUGGUCUUGCAAAGCUCAUUGCGAAAUGUCCUCAACUCGAAGACUUUGAGUAUCUCUGGCUCGGAAUUCCUCUCCCUGGCCUGAAGGAGUUGCAGGGAUUAAAGUUUCCUGGCUGGAAGAUCCUGUACCUUUUAACGGAACUUCCCAACCUCCCCAAACUUAGACGAUGUGCUUUUCGGUAUCUGAUCACAAGGGACACCGACGUCCUUGAAUUUCUUAAGCGUACUCAGCCAAACGAGGUAUUCAUUGGCCCCAUGUGGCUCGAUGAAGGAAAGUACCAGCCCAUCGUCGACUACUGCAACAGCAAAGAAGCAAACAUGACAAAGCUUUUUGUCAAAGGUCCUCUUUACCAGCUAGCCCAAUCGGAUCUGGGGCAAGUUCAUUUUCAGCGUCAAGAGUACGAUGAAGAUGCGGAGUGCAGUCCCCACUUGCGGAGGGAGGGUGAUGCAGUUCAGCGGCCUAUUCAUUUCCAUAUUGAUCCACAGGGCUUCGUUGAGCCUGGAUCAACAUAUUGCGAUUUGAUACUAGACGAAGGCAUGGCCAUUAAUUUCUGA